AGAUAAUUUACCCACACCUUAUCCCGUGCUCUAUUAUGUUAGUGAUAAAAAGCCUACAAGACUGAUCGCACAACUGCGUGAUAUAUAGGUUGUGAUUUUAGUGCUGUACACGUCUGUUGGUGUUGCGAACUCUUUAUUUAUUUAAUAGUAUUGUACCAUGUGGCCUUAUUACGAAACCGACGACUGGAGUGUCUUGCCAGCGGAACUCAACAGAAGGUUUAACCCAGCCUUUAACAUGGCCUCCAUAAAGCAAGCUUUCAAUGAGGCUGUAGAGAGAGUCUCAACAGUUAGGAUGCCUGCGCCUACACGGUUGAGGGAUCUGAUUAGACAAAUACGAGCUGCGCGAACAGCAGCAGAAGAAAGAACAGUCGUUAACAAGGAGUGCGCGUACAUUCGCUCGACGUUUAGAGAAGAAGAUAGCGUAUGGAGAUGUCGUAACAUCGCAAAGCUACUGUAUAUCCACAUGCUGGGAUAUCCAGCACAUUUUGGCCAAUUGGAAUGCUUAAAACUCAUCGCUUCGCCGAGAUUCACAGACAAACGAAUCGGUUAUCUGGGGGCUAUGUUAUUGCUGGAUGAACGGCAGGAUGUACAUCUCCUGAUCACGAAUUGUUUAAAAAAUGACUUAAACAGUUCUACGCAAUUUGUCAUCGGUUUGGCGCUGUGCACUCUGGGUGCGAUCGCGUCUCCGGAAAUGGCGAGGGACCUGGCGGCCGAGGUCGAGAGAUUGAUGAAGUCGCCGAACGCAUACAUACGGAAGAAAGCGGCGCUCUGCGCCUUUCGGAUCAUCAGGCGUGUGCCGGAGCUGAUGGAGAUGUUUCUGCCGGCGACUCGCAGCUUAAUCACCGAGAAGAAUCACGGGGUCCUUAUCACCGGCGUCACCCUCAUCACAGAGAUGUGCGAGAACAGCAUCGACACGUUAAAUCACUUCAAAAAGGAAUGCGGCCAUCGUGAGAUUGUGCCAAAUCUCGUAAGAAUCUUGAAGAAUCUGAUCCUAGCUGGAUACUCGCCCGAGCACGACGUGUCCGGAGUAUCCGAUCCGUUUCUUCAAGUAAAGAUACUACGUCUGCUGCGCAUCCUGGGACGCAACGAUGUCGAUGCAUCCGAGGCCAUGAACGACAUUCUCGCUCAAGUCGCGACCAACACGGAAACCAGCAAAAACGUCGGCAACACGAUACUUUACGAGACGGUUCUAUCAAUCAUGGACAUCAAGUCGGAGAGCGGACUCCGGGUUUUAGCGGUCAACAUACUGGGCAGAUUUUUAUUGAAUAACGACAAGAAUAUCAGAUAUGUGGCCUUGAAUACGUUGCUGAAGACGGUUUACGUGGAUACGAGCGCGGUGCAGAGACAUCGAUCGACAAUUCUGGAGUGUUUAAAAGAUCCGGACGUAUCGAUCAGAAGGCGCGCGAUGGAGCUGAGUUUUGCGUUGGUGAAUUUCAGUAACAUCAGAAACAUGAUGAAAGAAUUACUUUUGUUCUUGGAACGGGCGGACCCGGAAUUUAAGGCUCAAUGCAGCAGCAAUAUCGUAAUGUCUGCGGAAAGAUUUGCACCGAAUAAGCGUUGGCAUCUCGAGACAUUGUUCAAAGUGCUCGUUGCGGCUGGUAAUUACGUGCGAGAUGACGUGGUGGCGUGCACGAUACAGUUGAUCUCGGAGACGCAGAUUCAACAGAGUUAUGCCGCGAGCGCGUUAUGGCGAGCAUUGGAGAAGGACACGUCCGACAAGCAACCGUUGGCGCAAGUUGCCACAUGGUGCAUCGGCGAGUAUGGCGAUAUGUUACUGUAUGGCCCGCCGUCAGAGGAUGCCGAAACUCCAGUCAACCUGACGGAGGACGAAAUAAUCGAUGUUUAUCAAAGGCUGCUCUGGAAUCCGCAGAAUACUGUGGUCACGAAACAGUACACCUUGCUGUCCCUUACGAAAUUGAGCACGAGGUUCCAGAAAGGUCACGAGAAAAUUCGCCAGAUCAUAGAUACGUUUGGUAGCAAUUUGCAUAUCGAAUUACAGCAGAGAGGUAUCGAGUUCUCGCAGUUGUUCCGGAAGUAUGAUCACUUGCGACCUGCGUUACUUGAGAGAAUGCCGCCGAUGGAAACCGCACGACCGCAGGCUAACGGUAUCAUAGGCAUGGUGAACGGCGAGCCGGAACCGGAAGAUGAAAAGUCUACGAUAAUCGAACCAGCUGCGACUACAUCCGAUUCGAGUGCACUUUUAGACUUACUUGGAACUACGGAUGUGGGAGCGACGAUGCCGGCGACAACAAGUAAAAACCCUUCCCCAAGCUCGACCGCGGCGACGCAUAAUAACGACCUGUUGGACUUGCUCGGAAGUUUGGAUUUAAAUACGCCCACGCCUGCACCUACGCUACCAUCACAGCCACAGGCAUCUACUCCAGUAUUUAGUCCUACUAUCACCAGCAACAGCAGCUUCCUGGUGGAUGGAUUGCUCAGCACCCCUUCGGUUCAAAACGAUACACCAAGCAUGGUUGUCUUGGACAAAUCGGGACUCAAAAUAACGUUCAAAUUAGAAAGACCGCCCGAUAUCCCUGAUCUAUUAAUCAUAAAUAUGUUGGCUCAAAACUCCGGAAGCACCAUUUUAACCGAUUUUCUCUUUCAAGCAGCAGUUCCUAGGACAUUCCAACUACAAAUGUUAUCGCCGUCGAGUACCGUCAUUCCGCCAUCUGGUCAAGUAACUCAAGUGCUAAGAGUCACAAAUAUGAACAGAGCACAAUUACGAAUGAGACUACGUAUAUCGUAUACAGGCCCAGCUGGGCCAGUUUUGGAGCAAACGGAAGUGAAUAACUUUCCUCUUUCGACAUCGCAGUGACAAGAUAUAAUACAAAAAACAUUUGUACAUAUGCCUGCCUAAACUAAUUAACUGAAUCUAAAGACAGACUGAGAGAAAAAAAGAAAAGAAACACGCAAUGUCGUCUCUUCGUCGUGAGGAAACAGUGAAACAUACUUGGCAAAUGGAUAUAUCUCUAACAACACAAACGUUUUUAAUUAAUUAAUUAAGCAACUGAACCCUUGCAUAUACGGCGUGGAUGAGGCGUGAUUUAAACUUUGCGAGGAUCUCUGAGCUCGAGACGGGACGGCGAAAUGCGCGAUUUAAUUUUCUCAUUCGAAUGUCGCGUGUGAAUAAUUCGCGAUAUUCACAAGAAUGAAUUUCGCAAAAAGGUAUCAAUUAAUUCUCUCGGCGCGCGUGUGUAUGUGAAAGCUGUCACGAAUCUGUGUGUGUAUGCGCGGACGUGUACGCCUCGGAGUUUUUCGUGAGUUGGUUCGCGUGUCAUUUCCCUCAUUAUUGUUUUCACAUAACUUUAUCGCGCGGGAGAAGAAGGAGAGGAUCAGUAAGUGCUUCUCAUACAUUAUAUGUCGCCUGUGUGUGAGAGAAUGCAAAGAGCAAGAGAGAAAGAGAGGAAAAAGAUGUAUUUUUUCUAAACUAAAACACGCGGAGCCGUUAAGGAAAUAUUGUACUCGAUCGCAUUCCCGUCGUUUUACGGCUACUAAAUUAGCGCGUAAUUUCUCACGUAGGCUAAAGAAAUGAGAUAGGAAACAGAAAUGUAGAAAACAAAUAAGAGAAGACAAGCAGAGAUAUACACAUGCAUAUACACAUACACAUACACAACGCAUGCCACUUGAGAGAAACACCGGUUCAGAAAGGAAAGAGUUCCGUCACCGAAAGUGCUGUCGCGCUGCCCCUGUUAUCGACGAGAAGGAGCUUAACUCUCGCUGUAACAAAUCGAUCUUUUUCUACUACACGUGUUUGUAAGUAAGACACCAGAUGACGCGGUAUCGUCCUGUAAAUAAUUAUUAGAUAAUCGCAAUGUGAAGUGUGAGAAAAUUCUUACGAGGGAUAAAAACGAACAGAAAUGCGAAACGCGGAUUCUUUUUAAUAUGUGUACAUGCAAUAGAAAGACUUUAAUUCAAUAACAAAUAACGAGUUAUAUUACCUAAGUUUUCGUCCUCGGUAGAUAUUUUUCUUUUUUAAAGGGGGAAUACACAAUACCUACGCUACUCACACGCUCCAUAUACACACACACACACACACACACACACACACACACAUCACACAUAUACAGACGCCUACGAUGCAUGAGUGUGUUAUGUGCGUAGCGAUUCACACAGUUUCGAACGUAUUCGGAGUACAGAGUAACAUUGGAGGGCUGAAUUCUGAUUGUCAUGUUAUCUGUAUCGCGCGUAUGUAUGUAUGUAUGUCGAUUUAUCGCACCUGUGAGUAUUAUUAUCGCAAGCGAUUAUCCGUUAUGUCAUGUUUCUCAAAGCUGCAAGUCGGAACAAUUGCACGCGCGAGAAAGAUACAAUCGUAUUCAGUAUUCUCUUUUUGCUCGAUUGUAUAUUUUUACUAAGUUAAUUCUAACAAAGAUCACACGAGAUAACACGAGCGGACAAUUAGAUGCCAUAAUACACUGACGUAAAUAUCUUUGGUUGAAAAAUUGUAACGCGAAACGGGAGAACAAAAUUCGACGUUUUAAGAUUGAUUUUAUUCGCAAACUGUGGCCAAAUUUGUACAGACAUAAAAAACGUAUAAAGUUAAGGAACAAUUAUACAUGCGUUGAAACCAGAAAACAGUCGGCUCUACUUUUUAAGUUAUCCCGUGUUCAAACUGAGAAUAUUUUUAAGUUGUGCGCCAAACACCAACAUCAAAUUGAUAAUGAAAUAAUUUCGGUAUACACGUCCGUUUUCAUUGUCUAAUCUUAGAAUUCUCAAUUUAUCGCUCGAUUCAAGUCGCAUUCGCAAUGUCGGGUGUCGCUGUGAGUGAUGUUGCUUGUAUGUGUAUAUAUGUCCAGCAGAAAAGAGAAAUGUAUGGAUAUAACUCGCUCAUA